AAACCUUUGUUCUUUAUUUUAUUCUUUUUUUCUCCAGAGACUAGAUGUCGAAACCUUGAAUCAAACCAAACGUCUCUAAGAUAAAUCACAGCAUUUGAUUUCAAGACAAACUUUAUUUAACAGUAGGAGAAAUAAAGGCAAAGAUACAAGAAUGAUUUUUGUGAGGAAAUGAACAACUCAUCCCAUGAUGCACUGUGAAUGAUGUCAUCAAAUGACAGCUUGUAUAACUCUUGGAUUGCAAUAUAAAUGAUUAUUAUUGUGAGAGAAAUAAGUUGAUUAUUGACUGUAUGGUGUCAUUUAAAGUGGUUUGUGAUUCCUGUUGUGUUUUUUUAUAUCAGUCAUCUGUGGCUUCAGAUAGCAUCAGUUAACCUCAGAGUUCAUGUAAAUCUCUCUUGUCAAGCUGAAGAUGAUUAUCACAAAACGUCAUUAUGAGUUGCUUUGAGAGCUUCAUCAGUGUGAUGUUUUAGAAACUUUCCCUUCAUAAGAGGUGGAGCUUUCAGAAGAUAUCUGCCAAGAAAAACCAAACCAAAGACGUCAAAAUGACACUUUAAAGACUCCACAAAUGAUCGACAGCAACACUCUCAGGUUAGACAACAUUAUUACUUCUAAUAUCAUCCGUCUAGAGGAUUCCUGAUGUAUUCUCAAUCAGAUUGGAGUAAUUAAAAUCGUAACAACUUUUGUUAAAUGAUCAGCAAUUAAGUAAAAAGUGUGUAAGCGCAAUCUUAAGUCAUCUGGGCCACACCGCAGUCUGGUUAAAGAUGUCAAGAAAAGUUGAGGUGGUCGUCAACGCUCCGGUUCAUCUGGAAGAGUCCACGUCUCCCAUUUACGUCACCGAAGCAAAACCUGGUGAUCCUCCUGGAGUUCGUGGCUUUCUGAAAAUCAACCCAGCAUCUCUUGGGUGGUUGGAGAUUUUGACAGGUGCAGUGGCUUUUGGACUUGUGUUCUGGAACUAUGAGCGUUAUCUUUUAAUACCAGCUUGCUAUUUAGUUUUAACAGGAGUUGUUACCGCCACAGCCGCAUGUACACGUAACUCAUGUCUGGUGGUCACCUCACAAAUCCUAAACUUCUUCAACAUCAUCAGUUGUGUGAUUGUUGUCGUCCUCUUCCUUAUGCUCUUCUAUAUUGCGUCUACUGUCCGUGUGUUUUUAGCUCCAUCUAUGACCUCGUGGGACAUUGCCUUUGUUGUCUGCAAUGGUCUGGGGUCCGUUUUAUCUCUUAUCAUCUUCUCAACUACAUGCUGCUGGUGUAAAUCGAGGAAGCAUGUCAUGAUCUUUCACAUGAACACAAUUUCUCCAGCAGUGAUGAAUGAUGUCACGUGUGUGGAUCAUCCAGGUGCAGUUCCACCAGCCUAUUACAGUCCUGUCCCAUCUUCAGAACCACCGGCCUACGAGUUUGAACAUCGCUCAUCCGUCUCUCAACCAUCUGCUCCGGUGUGGGAUGAACGAAGAUGGAAAGAAGAGCUGUAUCGUAGCCGAAAACCCAUCCAAGUCUGACCUGGAAAAUAUAUCCCAGUUUCCAAACCAUGCUCUAAACUAGAGCUGCAAUUCAUUUUAUUUGUGGAUGAAUGAUGGACGCUUUAUUCAUUCACUUGUAGAUGUUUCCAUCAGCUGCUAAUGAAACGUCUCAUUUCAAUGCUGGACUGCAUUAGACUUUGCUUUAUUAGACAUCUGUGGAUCUUCACCCGGAUCUGUAGACUCCACAGCUCUUCUCACACAUCUGUUGCUGUUGUCUAUUCAACACUGACUGGUUUACAGAGCAUCAAGUUUCUCAUAGAAUGACACAGAAACUCUUGACAGUCUUUCAUUUGUUUGACUUUGUUUUUAAACUGCACUUUUUUCCUCUGUCAGUGAGAUUGAACGUUUAUCUGACUGUAGAUGAAUGAGAAAAUCUUCAGUAUAUUCUGCUGGUAGUUUAGUUGUCACAUCUGAACUGAGGCGUAACCCAGUCACUUGACUGCAUACCUGCACUCUCUGUGACGUCACUAGACCACACCCCCAACACCUGAGGUGCGCACAGAUCAGAUGACUCUGUUACCACACCUACCGAAAAAAUUACUGCAUACAAGUCACAUAACUGCACUUUUUACAGUUACAUUUUUGUAAUAACUGAGUUGUUGGUUUGUUCGGGUCACGUCGUGUUUUCAUUUGGUUUUAACAAAUGUUGACUAGUUUGAUUAAAAAUCAUCUGCUGGUUCUGGUUUUAAUAGUAAAA